AUGAAGACAUAAUUAUUGCUUAUAGCUACGAUAUCUCUUUCAUUCCAAGCCUUGACUGCCACAAAAAUUUGUGAUUGCACAGAAAUUGUUUAACCUGCUGAUUGUAAAGAUGGAUGCACUUGGUCAUCUGCUGAUUCUGCAUGCACAGCAAAGACAGUUGAUUGCACCACUUACACCAGUUAGCCAACAUGUGAUUCAAAUGAUUCAUGUGCAUGGAAUGAUUCAACUUCAAAAUGCGCAAACUUUACAGCCUGUGUAGAUUACACUGUGUCAGUAGUUGAUUAAUGCUAUUCCAAAAGUAGUACCUGUAUUCCAGGAGCAACUGGAACAGAUGGAAAGACUACAUGCAAAACAGGAUCAGUCUCAUGCUCAAAUUUUUAAAAUUCUUCAGAUUGCAACUUUAAGUCACCAAAUGAUACAACCAUUUGCUGGUUCAAAGCCAGUACUUGUUCACCAAUUGACGUUUCAAAAUGCUCAGCAAUAACUGAGUAAGAGGUAUGCGCACUACACUGCAAAUGGACAUAAGGAAGUGGUUGUUCUGCAUUUACAUGUGCCGAUAGGGUUUCAGCCGAGACUUGAGUAACAGUACAUUUAGAUGAUCACUCUGGAGUCAAUAUUUGUACCUGGGCUAAUAAUGCUUGCACUGAUGCUACUGAUGUUAGUGCUUUAACAUCAUCAAAUUGUUUUGAUAAAACCUCAGGUCAUUAUUAUUGGGAUGGAAGUGCUUGUUCUGAAUGUUCAGGAUCAAGCAGUAAGGCAUAUAUUAUGGCCUUCAUUGGAUUCAUCGCCAUGGUUAUGUUUUGA